GGUCGCCAACUAUGUCAGAUUUCACAUCGUGGCACAGAGUGUUCCGCUUCGAGACAACGAGGUUGCAUCCUACCCGAAUGUCCGCUCAUCCUCCUGCCUCACACGCUGACUACAUUGGUUGAAUGCAACGCAGCCAUACCUGCCCCUUGCAAUAGCAAUACCCCGGUCGUCUGAUUUCGACUGCUGGCAUCCCUCUCAUCACCCUCCUAGACAGACCCUGGUCGUCGUUUUUAGAAAAUGGCAUUCUUAAAAUUAUCCCUCGGCUCUUCCACCACGCCUGUGUUCUUUUACCGUCAGCACCUGCUCGCCCUUGGGCCCGCUUCAUGACCCUCUGAAUUGCCGUCCCAAUCACCGCGCACUGACACACGAGAUGACUGUCCACGGCGUUGCCUCGAGCGCGGUAGGAGUGAUAAUUGCAGUCACGAUUUUAUUGGGAGCCGCUACCAUCGCCAUCAUACUGCGGUUUCUUGCUCGAAGACGAACCGACAGCACCGGAAUCGAUGACUGGGCCGCUCUUUCGGCCUACCUGUUUUUGAUCGCGGUCAGCGUAUGCCACUAUCUCAUUCUCAGCCCUUACGGGUCCGCCGGGCACCCGCAGUCGGAAUUUGAUGCGCAGCAGCUCAAACAGUACCUCAUCAUACUCUACGCCGACAACAUCUGCUACACCUGCUGUACUAUCACCGUCAAGCUCUCUAUCCUCCUUCUUCUACGACGCAUAUUUACGUCGCGGUCCUUCCAAAUCAUCGCUUACACCUUGACCGGAAUCUUCGUGGUGUGGUGGAUCACAGUACUUUUCUUCCAGAUCUUUUCAUGUUAUCCUGUGCACAGCUUCUGGGACUUUGAGGUCCGGCAAUCCUGCAUCGACACUACAAAGUUCUACAAUGGUGUCGCCAUUUCCAACAUUCUCAUGGACUUCAUCCUCUUGGCUCUGCCAUUACCAAUGAUAUGGAAACUGCAAAUGACGCUGAGGAAGAAGUUGCAAGUCUCAUUCAUAUUCAUAUUGGGUGGCUUCACGCUUAUCUGCAGUAUCUUGAGGACCGAAUCUCUACGCAAGUUGGACGUGAACAAUCAGACUGAGACCAUUGUCGCCGUUGGUAUCUGGACAAUCAUCGAAUGUGGCAUUGGAGUAAUAUGCUCGUGCUUGCCGCCCACUGCAAGGCUGUUCCGGGUGCUCUCCGAAAAGAUGCGCUCAACAGUGCGAUCACAGAAACAACACGACGACAUCAACCUCUUGAAUGUUGGCGAGAGCGGUACACCCCGCCUUGGUCUGCCAUCUGACGGCUCUUAUUCUGUGAUCAAUGAGGAUGGACUCGAUUUGAAAAGGCAUGGCGAACAAAAGAUUUCUGUGAAUAGCUGGACUAGAUGA